AUGAGCUUACGGAAUACGGAGCACGGCGGAAAGUUAUCUGUACCCCGAGGCGUUUCACUUCGUUUCGCAACUAGCGUGCGUAAACAAGGAACCGUGACAUUCAUAAGCGCCGUAGCAAUAGUAGUAGUGUCAUCCUGUCUUAUGGAUCGGAAUUAGGCGUCAAAACCACCGCGAUCGCAACUGUUGCGUGCAGUAGUGACAGCUGUUGCUACACACGGUGUGAUGAGUUCCCAUCGCUCGCUGAGCUCCGCCAAGCGCGGAAUGGCGUGCGCGAGCAGUCAACAGGUGAAAUACAUAUACGAGCUGCCCUACGCUCAGCGGAACAAGCUGUGCAGACUGCUAGACGCCGGAGGACGAUGGAAGGAACUGGGUUUCAACUUUAUGCACAUGGACCAAAUAAGCAUCAGCCUCAUGGAACAAGCCAUCCUGCGAAAAGAAAGCCCAACCGAUGAACUUUUGCACAAGUGGGGCGAAAAAAAUGGCACGGUGAAUCAGUUGUUCGUAUAUUUAUACAAAAUGAGGCAUAUGCAGGCGAUGCUCAUCAUCGAGGACUUUGUGAGCCCAAAGUACCGACACCUCUUGGAUAGACAGGAGAAGACACAGUUGGAUAGUGCACUUCUGAGCAGCAGCGACAUGUACCUUCACUCAUCUCCAAUGCUCAAAGGCACUGCACCACCAGCCGAUUCUACAAUGGGUGCCGCUGCUUACAGUAAGAACUUUUAUCCUGACGACUGCCACAUGAACAUGGACAAAGGGCACUCUCAAGCCAAGGUGAACAGCUCCAAGGUCAAGAUGGUGUAUCCUGGACUGCCAGGGCAGGGCAACAGAAGUCCCCUGCAAGUUCCCCAGGGCACAUUUCCUUCGGUCAGCAACAACUGCUACGCCAAUGGGAAUAACCUGUACCCCCAGCUUCCAAAGUUCCAACCAUGCGAUGAACCAAAAGUGAGCGUUCCAGAAGGAAAAGUGCAAAAUGUUGCCCCUGUAAGAGCUCAGAGUAUAGAGGGAGCGUCUAACAAGCAAGGAGGGGCAUGUGCCGCUGCAAAGGAACGGAUCGAAGCAAAGCCUCUUGUGAAUACAAUACCUUAUGAUGAACUGAAGAAAGCCACGGAAGGCUUCCUCGACAACAAGAUUCUUGGCAAGGGAGGCUUUGGAACAGUCUACAAGGGUUGUUGGAAGGACACAAUAGUAGCUGUGAAAAGGCUGCACGUGAAAGAAAAGGAUGGCGACAUACGACAGGAGCAGAGCUUCAAGCAGUCAUUGACAGAGAUGGAGGUGCUACAAAGCUGCCGCAUCGACAACAUUCUACCCCUCUAUGGUGUCUCUCUUGACGGACCAGAACCCUGCAUCGUGUACCAGUUUAUGCCGAACGGCUCACUUGAAGACAGGCUUCGUUGCAAGCACAAUACACCAAGCCUAAACUGGACGCAGCGAGCAACAGUUGCCAAGGGUGUCGCACGUGGACUCUAUUUUCUCCAUACUAAACUGGUUGGUGGCAAGCCCCUCAUCCAUGGUGAUAUAAAAAGUGCAAACAUUCUUCUGGACACCAACUUGGAGCCAAAAAUAGGAGACUUUGGCUUGACCAGAUGCGGACCUGAGGCGGACAAGUCCAUGGUAGUGGUGUCCCAUGUUCAUGGCACCAGAUACUACCUUCCUCACGAGUACCUGAAGAGUAGGCAGCUUUCAACCAAGGUGGACAUCUACAGCUACGGAAUUGUUCUUCUAGAGCUCGCAACCAGUAAGCAUGUUUAUGACAGGCGACGCAAGACCCGAACACUGAUUGAGACAGUUCAGGACUGUGCACAGAGCAAUCAGCUGGACAGCCUCAGAGACACAAAUGCCGGUGAUGAAAACCAGGUCAUAUUCAGUCUGCUCAUACAUCUAGGCCAGAAGUGCUCGAGCUAUGACAGGAAGGACAGGCCAGAGAUGGAACAGGUGCUUCAGCAGUUUAAGGAAAAUCCGAAUGAAGCAGUUCGAAGACUUUCUCAGGGCACACUGAUGCCUCCCAGCCAACCUGGAAGCCCAUCGCCUUUUGACCUACAAAGGUGGUACGAUAUUCGGCAGGGCCAGGCCACAAAGCCCACUUUCCUGACACCCAUCACUCCUCUGUCCACCACACCGACCAACGCAGCUGCAGCGAGGCAAGUGCUUAUUCCUAAUGUGUGUUGUCCUUUCACACAGGUGUAAGCAAAAAUUAUGUGU